AUGGGGAACGCCACCUCAGCUCCUCGUGUCCCGGCCGAUGAUGACCUAAUGGAGGAAUCAAGGAAUACGCUGACUGGCACAGGAGUCGCAGUUGGCGGGACGGGCGCGGAGGGUAGGAGUUCGCGACUGGCGAGACGGAAUGCCCAGUCGUUGAGAAUCGCAGGCCAGAGGGCUAGCACUAUUUACGACAGUUUCCGACGCCACCGAUCCGCCGAGUCAGUUACAUCACGUCCGAAUGCAGGCCAUUCGUUGUCCUCUCCUUCCGAGACUGAAUACGAACAAGAGAACAGACCGCUUGUAGGUCCGGAGGAUGUGGACGUGCCAGAUGCAGAGGCUGUCGCGACACCUAUACUGUCGCCAUCCCCGAGCAGGAGAAGGUCCACAAUGUCAAGGUUGGGCUCAAGGCUGCUUCCAGACUCUGUUGCAAGAGGGUUGUUAAACAGUGGAGAGGAGACCCUGGAGGAAGGCCGGGCGUUGCGGCAUGGAAUCUCAGGGCGGCUACGCCCUUCCGUUUACGAGCGGCCGCCGAAUUCAGACUCCAACAGCCGAGUGUCGCUCACGGGCUCUAUCAGACGACGAAGCGAGAAUCGAACUGAAUCCAGACGACGAGCCAUCCGAGGACCAUUUCCCGCCCUCCAAAGCCUAAAUCAACAGCCGGAGCCUACGACUUCAUGGCGAGACUCUACGGAUGGUGAUCUACGCGAGCUGCCCCAGCCUGCCGCUUCCGGCCUGCGACAUCGAAACAGGUUCAGCAGAGUUCGGGAGUCCAUGUCAAUCUCUCAACGCAUUUCGAGUCUGUUCCGGCAGUCCACAGAGCACCUGCAGUCCAGCCAGGGAGGCCGGGAGUCUCCUUCGCGGCCUGCGAGGGUGACUUUCGCCGAUGAGUCUGAUCACCUUCUUCCAUCUAUCGCUUCCGCUGACCAGCGUCAUGAAAAUGACGAUGCUCCCCACGAGCUAGAUGCAGUUGAGCCUGAAGCUCGAACCCUUUUGGCUGGACCCCGAGUCACUUCGGGGAUGAGCACAAUUCGGCGUUUCCAGCCUGGCCUCAGGUCACGAUCAACGAGACUCAUACGGAGAGGAGAGCAUCCUCCUCUUUCACAAGUGCUCCAGCUUGCUGCCGCUGCCAUCGCCGCCCAACUUUCCGGUCAUGCCACAGCGGGCUCCACGGGUGCCCGCCACCUUGGUGGUGACACUUUUGAUGGUAGUAUUCAGAACUUUGUACAAACUCUCCAAGAAGCGGCGACAGCCCAGGCUGGAGAAAACAUCGACAUGAACUCGUCUGACGGUGAUCUGCCGCCUGUGAACUUCAUGAGAGUAUUCCAAUUUCCAAACGACGAAAAUGGGUCGCCAAUUGCAUCGCAGGCAGAAUCACGGGAUGUUGAUCAGAUGGAUUUAGAUUCAAUCGCAGGACCGGGUGAAAGCGACAGGUCCGUGACCUUAGUCCUUGUUGGGGUCCGAUCCCUUCCCCACGGCCAGGACAGCACUGGCGGUGAGAAUGGUACGCUGGGCCCGAGCCUCGACACCCUCUUGAGUCUGCCUUUCUUACCCCCAGCCAAUGUUCUCCGCAACGGAAGCUCUGGAGCUUUGUUUAGGCGCUCAGAUGGAAGAAAUAGAUCAAGCACCCGGCGACAUUCGAUGACCAACUUCAGCUUUCCCGCUCAAUAUGAGUCGCAGAGACACCAGCGCACUCGGACGCAGACCAGCCGCUUGUCCAGCCACUCAGACCAAACUGUCCCUACCACGCCUGACGCGGGUGCUUCCUCUACCUUGGUCUCAGAAACUCCUCCUGGUCCCAUUCCUCCUCCAUCCACUCCGGCUGACAUCAGGAGUGGCCAUGCUACUCCAAUCCGACGACCAUCCUCAGCAUCGGCGACACCCAACCAGCCACUCUCUGAACUUGACGAGGAUCGGUCACAAGAACAUCUCGACAGCCGCUCUCCAGAGCCUUCAUUCAAUACCGCUCGUCAACGACGACGAAGUGACUCUGAGUUUGCUCGCCGACCAGAGCUGGGAUCGGGUGCAGCAAGGCGCAACGGGAUGGUCGAACCGGAUCCUCCGCCAGCAGGGGCAGGGCGAAGUUGGCUGAUCUACGUUGUGGGCACCAACGUUUCGGCAACCCACCCUGCCUUUGCUAUGCCCAGCUUGUUUACUGACAAUCCAUCCUAUGAGGACAUGCAGAUGUUGUCAACUCUCCUAGGGCCUGUCAAGCCACCUGUUGCAACCCAGGAAGAUGUGAGCGCUGCUGGUGGAGUCUUUCGACUCGUCGUUCAAGAAUCGGGCUUCCUUGGGGAAUCCGUCUCAGAUAGCGAUGACUCAGCACUCAUCAUCAAUUUGGGAGAACGAUGUCUCAUUUGUUUAUCAGACUACGCAGAGUCUGAAGAAGUCCGCCGCCUGGAUAAAUGCAAGCACGUCUAUCAUCGCGAAUUGGCUCACCACCGGUCGGAACAGCUGUCCAAUGUGCCGUGGCCAGGGUGUACAGGAACAGGGCCCAUCUUCGCCUUCCCCGACGAAUGCAGGAACAGCGUCCUCAGCCACCCCAUGAUCGGCCGGGUUGAGAAGAGCGUCUGA